AAUUAAAAGAUUCUGGAGCGGCUUUCAUUAGGUUUCUUUUCGAUGGCUGGUAGUGGCUCUCCUCCAGGAGAGACAAAGUUUAUAUAUUAUAUUGAUGAAGAAGAAACACCUUAUCUUGUAAAACUUAAUAUUGCACCCGAUAAAGUCACCUUGGGUGACUUUAAAAAUGCUUUAAAUCGUCCUCAUUCAAAGUUUUUCUUCAAAUCCAUUGAUGAUGACUUCGGGUUAGUAAAUUGAAAUAUAGAUUUGGCGUUUACUAUUCCACUCGCUCAGUUUUUCGUCCAGUGUGUAUCAUGUUUUUCUCAUUUGGCUUAUAACACAAAGCAGAGGGCGAUGCGAGUCAUGUAUCAAUUCCAGUAUUAUAAAAUAUAUACCUCAGUUAUCCAAACGUCGUUUAGGGAUUAUCACUGUUUAUUUAGUAAAAUGGGGAUGUUCAUCUUCUGGUGCAACGAGAUGUUCAUUCAUGCUCAGGGAUAAUUCGCCACAUGAUUACAUCGCACGUCAACAUCAUUUUAUUGAAACAUGUUUCAAUCAAAUGAAACCAGAUAUGCACCUAUCAUUUGUUUAGGAAAAGUAUUUCAAAAGUGAUGGCAACUUGCAAAUGACCUGAUCUUCAAACUACUUGAAAUGUAUGGGUCCAAAUUGGGCCCUACUACUGUCACAUAGAGUCCAAGGUUUGAAAUAGGAGUCAAUACAAGCACAAGUUAUAUUAUAUAUCAGUCCACAGGAAAUUGCGUUUGCUUUAGUGUCAUUCUACCACAUAUUUGUUUUGCAUUAGAACAAUGGAAACAAAUCAAUUUUCCUACUUAAGGAAUUGUUGCGAUAUCGUAUUUGCUCACCAUCCGUGAUAGUUCCAUAGUAUUAUGGAUAUCCUCGGUCAUUAUUCACGUCUUUGAUUAUGCCAGACGGUAUUGUUAACACAACCAAUGGGUUUUAAAAUUUAUUCCAAUAAAAUGCAUCUCGUUGUAAAGGAAGAAAUAUUCGAAGAUAACUCUCCACUUCCUUGCUUCAAUGGCCGUGUUAUAUCUUGGUUGGUUACCGCCGAAGAAAGUGUAACUUCCGAACCAGGCCUUGGUCCGUCUGCUGAAACAGGCAACAAUGUCAAUAACAGCAAAUUUGUGUCGUCUGUUGAUUCGGAAUCAAAUGAUGCACGUGAAAAUGAGUGCAAAAUCAACUCAUGUGUAUCUCAACCGCAUACUACCGCUGCACCAGCUGAUUCAACUUCUACAAACUUGGGACAUGGAGGAAAUGUUGGACAAAAUUAUGAUACAGAGACAGAGUCUGUACACAGCGCAAAUCAAGAUCGCAUUGCUCCCUUACGGAAUUUCCAUCAUUACAAGUCUGGUGGUAGGCAUCAUUAUGCAGCAGGCAGUAACCACUGCGGCCAUCAUGUUCAGCAAGCUGCUCACAGCGGCUCACGUCACCGUCAUUAUCGCCAUUUACCUAGUUCAAGUACGUAUGAAACUCCUUCCAUGAUGAGCUCUGAUCUAGAAUCUACAAGCUUUUUAGAUUCUGAAGAAGAAUCUAGCAGGUUUUCCUCAGUAACUGGGACAACUCUAUCGUCUCGCCGAUAUGGUCGCGCACCACGACGACGAAGGCGUAGGCGUCCGCCACCAAUCAGCAGAGCUUCUUCAUUCAGUAGUAUUACAGAUUCCACAAUGUCGCUAAAUAUUAUGGCAGUUACACUCAAUAUGGAUACCGUUAAUUUUUUGGGGAUCAGUAUUGUUGGGCAGUCAAAUAAGGCUGGGGAUGGUGGAAUUUAUGUAGGGUCUAUUAUGAAAGGCGGCGCUGUUGCCCAAGAUGGACGAAUCGAGCCUGGUGACAUGAUUCUAGAGGCAAAUGGGAUCAGUUUCGAGGAAAUGAGUAAUGACGAUGCUGUGCGUACAUUAAGGGAACAAGUUCAACGUCCUGGGCCCAUAACUCUAGUUGUCGCUAAGUGCUGGGAUCCUAAUCCGGCCGAACGUUAUUUCACAGUACCGCGUCAAGAACCUGUACAUCCUAUUGAUCCACGUGCCUGGGUGCUACAUACUAAUGCAAUGACUACGCCGGAGUCUCAUAUUCAAGGAGGAGACUCACACAGACAAGUUAAUGGGGCUUCUAUAACUGGCGCUUCAUCAGGUGGUGAGUCAAGUUCUACCCUUAGUCCACCAGGUCUUACUCCUGGAAUGAGUAUGGGAACUUUAACUUCAGGACAAACUUCAAUGCCUUUAGGCACAAGUGCAGCAGCUUUUAAUAUGGCUGCUUUACUUGCUGCUUCUCAGCAAAAGCAGCAACAAGAACAGGAACAGCAAAUGCAACAGCAGCAGUUAAUUCAGCAGCGAAUUCAUAUGCCACAACCUACAUUCUAUCCUACGUCAAAUGUGAUGCUUCCUCAUGGCUAUACUCAGCAGAUUGCUCCUAGUGUUGUUACUGCAUCGAGCUCUCUACCUGAAAUUGAACGAUACUCGGAUCCUAUCCCACUAAGUUUAUCAACAAGUAUUCCGACUGUAAUUCGUGCUAUGCUGCAACCGGAUUCUGGUCUGGAUAUUCGAGACCGUGUCUGGCUCAAGUUAACUGUACCAAAUGCAUUUAUAGGUUCUGAUCUUGUUGACUGGCUGUUCAGGCAUUUGGAAGGUCUCACUGAUCGUAGAGAAGCUAGGAAGUAUGCAUGCAAUCUGCUGAAAUUAGGAUACAUUCGACAUAUUGUAAAUAAACUAACUUUCUCAGAACAGUGCUACUACGUCUUUCGGGAUAUUAGUGGACUUAUGUCUUGUCUAAGCUUAGAAGAAGUUGAUAGUGUCAGUGAAGUUGGUGCUCUCCCUCAUUCUAAUUGGGGUCAUAACACAACAAGUACCAGUCUAACUGUCAGACCUGGCCCAAAUACUAGCAUGCAAGAAUAUAAUACAGGUCACACUGUUCCCCAUGGGGUUGUCGGGUCAGGAAUUAGAGAAGGAAAUAGCAGUCAAUACAGUACAGUGCCACCAAUGUAUCACCCACCGGCUCCACCACUAGCGGCUCCUAUUCGUCAGUUGAUUGCAGAUGGCCAAAAUGUAGCAGCUAAUAUAAAUCUCCAACAGUCUCAUAAUUUAUCCAGGUUGAAUGACGGGAACAGAGAUAAUAUAUCAGGUUAUUCUAGUUCAACAUCCAGCACCAGCAGCGGAUCAAAUCACUUUGAUCGUGAAAUCCCUGAACAUAAUAAAACUCGCCCUUCAGAUUUAUCUGCACCAAACCGUCUUGGGGCUCCUGGGUUCACUCAUUCUCGGCAGCAAGAUUCUCUUCUGCCGAAUUCACGGCCAUUAAAGCAACAGCAUUCCCAGUCGAAUUCAAAUUUGGCACAGACCCUCAUGACAUCGGUUGCUAGUGGUGCCCCAUUGCACCAGUCUAGGUUAAAGCAUACUUUUUUCCCUGAUGGUAAUGAUAUAUCCCAACAACAUGAGCUUGCAGCAUCAUCCACUGGUUCAAGUUCAACUUCUUUCGGAAAUCCUAAACAGAAUGCAUCUACUAAUAAUUCAGAUAUCAAUAAGCAUCAAACACAGGAUUCAGUUCAAAGAAACUCUAUGCUUAGUUCAAAAAGUAGCAGUAGUAGCAGUUGUACUCCGUUGAAUGCAAGUAUGCAGGAGAUGCGACCAUUGGGUUCACAUUGUAUUUCUCACCAUCAAAAUAAUGCUCCUCCUCCACCUCCUCCGAGAAUUUCAACGGCGGCUUCUGGUUUUACACUCACUAGUCACCCUUAAAUGGUAAGACAGUUACACUUAAAACCAACACCAUAUUUUAAAGACGUUAAUUUUGGGUGUCGUUUAUCCGUUUUGUCGGCUGUUAUUAAACUAAGAUGCAUGGUGUGUAUACUUAGUAUUUUUUGUCACCAUAAUAUUUGUGUUUGAAAUCUUAUCUUACCUUGUUGUUUUUUAGUGAACCAAUAGACGAAAUGAAGUUAUGGUUUUGCUAGUUCUUUGCAACUCGCCUACCUCAUAUUUUCUGCCUUUCGGCAAUUUCUGAAGAGAUGCAAUAAUUGCGAAUAUUGUGUCGUCAUCUAAUGUAAAAUAAAAUGUGAUACUUUGACUUUAAUAAUAAUAUAACCGUUUUUUCGUUACUUAUUAUGCUCAUCCAAUAACUCAGGCCAUGUAGCUGAUUUUUAUUUAACGACGCUCUUGGUUUCAUAUUUCUUAUAUUCUUUCAAAUAAAUAAAACCAAUCAACCAAAUCCCUACAAACCAAUACUUGAAAACUACUGUAUAUUGUGCAAUCUAUGACACAUCAAAGUAUUUUUUUGUGGUCAGAAGCACUACUAUACUUUUAUCAGCUCUCCACAUCCGAGUUGGUUAACGUUUGUAGUCUACCUCGAUGUAAUAUAUAUACAUAUAUCUUUUAGUUUAACUGAUUGAAUUAUGUUUUAUAAUCUUAUCCUCAUUCACACCUUUGAACCUUAUGAGUCGUAAAUUACAUUUUAUAUGACUAUCCUUUUUUAACUUGCCUACUCCACUUUGUUUUGUUCAACUUACUUGUUAACUGGUGGGAGUUUACUUAGCUGUAUGGUUCUGCCAAAAACUGUAGAAAUGAUUUAUUCUUCGAAAGUCGAUAUCCCCGUCAUUUAAUAUUGAUCCUCUAAUAUGCGUUUACAUUUUUUUUCACGAUUUAAAAAAAUGAAUUCCUUUG